UUUUCCAUAUGGUAAUGUCGUGCUUAUACGCCAUGUUGGUGGUUUCCGUAAUUUCUCUACAAGAAUUUUCUGCAUUCUCAUUUUUUCACCGCCGCUGUUAGACGAGAAUUGAGAGUAAAUUUUUCGAGUAGAUAUCUGCGCUUUUAACCUGUAAAAGAAAACUUAUUUACUAAAAUGGGCGUGCAAGUAGUACCUAUUUCUUCCGGGGAUGGAAGCACAUUCCCCAAAACUGGACAGGUGGUCUCUGUACAUUAUACUGGUACUUUGGAUGACGGCACUAAAUUUGACUCUUCGCGCGACCGUAAUAAACCAUUCAAGUUCACACUUGGUAAAGGUGAAGUAAUUCGUGGUUGGGACGAAGGUGUUGCCCAGCUGUCUGUAGGCCAGCGCGCUAAACUUAUCUGCUCUCCGGACUAUGCAUAUGGAAGUCGAGGACAUCCUGGCGUUAUUCCACCCAAUGCCACCUUAACCUUUGAUGUAGAACUUCUGAAAGUUGAGUAACUUAAUACCGUAUCUUAUUCAGUAAGGUAUAAUUAUUGAUUACAAAUUACAAAACGGAAUAAAUAGCGCGAAGUUGCGGGUUAGAAUUAGUAAAAUGCCACAUUUGUCUCAAUGCAAAAAGAUAUACCUAUACACCUAUUGCGAGUGUCGACUAGUGUAGAUAAACGACUGUUAGUCGAUUAUCGACUAUCCGUGGUAUUUUCAAAGUCGGUUUUCUGAUUCAAUAAGUGAUUGAGAAUAGUUUAUAGUCGCUCAUCCUUCUACAAACAAACAGCUGUAGAAGGAUGAGGGAUUAAAAACUUUUCGCAGACACUUAUUGAACGAGAAGUCGACAUUCACAAUACCAUGGAAAAGCGAUAAUCGAAUGAGAGUCGUAUAUCUUCGUGGUCCAACUACACAAGAUGAAGCAAAAGAAAAUAGUAAUUUCCUGGCUUACGUUUGUAAUUUCGGUAAAAGUAAACAAAAUAUUAAAGCAGUUUUGAGCGCAUGUUUGUGCUAACCAAUUCAUUAUUUUUGUGAAUUUUGUAUUUGAACAAAAAAUGAUUGAAAAUCGCUUGAAAAUCACUGAAAUAAAGCACAAAAUACACAUAAAGAGAUGUAAAAACCAAAACAGAAAUAGCAAAGUUCAAAAUCACAAUCGCCACGCACAUUUUCUCAAAUGCUAUUGCAAAUGGCUACUCAUCAACCGGUCAAAUCUGUUCUAAUUAAUUCAUGGUUUAUCUACUACUAGUCGACACUCGCAAUAGGGGUAAUAUACUUAUAUGUAAUUCACAAAAACCAAGAGUCAGUUUUUCAAAACACCUUGUAUUUUGUCUAAAUUAAAACAGUAGCUUUCCUGUAUGUAUGCUUAUUUAUUAAUGAGUUUUGCAGUACCGGUCACAUUUUUAUUCCAUAGCUACAAACCUACAAAUACAAUAUAUGUAUGUAUGUACGUAUUGGAGUUAUACGCAGUGUAGAACAAAUUUUAUUAAAAACCGUUUUCCAUUAUUAAGGUUCGGGAAUUAUGUAUGAUACUUAAAAUAUCUCAUAGAUAUCUGUUGAAACGCAUUUAACGUGGCAUAUUCAAUUAAAAUUUUACAUAUUUAUUAAAUUGUUUUGUAAGUAGUUGUAAAAUCCAAAUUUCUAUCUUGCUAAGUAAUUUUCUUUCAAUAACUGCAAAAAAUGGUAUCAAUGUAUUUAGAAAGUUUAAUAAAACCAGUUAUUCAAUAUUGGAAUUAUUCAGACAC